AUGAGGGUGUUCGUGGACACUAAGUUUGGCGCAACGUUCACCUCUGAUCUUAGUCGCAUCAAUAAACUGUCAGAUAUCAAAAAGCGGAUCGAGAACUCUCAUGGUAUCCCUGUUUCCACGCAAAAGCUCUUCUUCGAUGGCGUGGAACUUCUUGUAGAUCAUUAUCAACUCCCAACGUAUCGUAUCGUCAAUAACUCUCACCUCCUCCUCGAAGUACGUGAUGAUCACGUCAACAAUCAAAUGCUCCAUCAAUCUCCAUAUGCAACUCAAGGCUUCGUCCCUUCCAUGGCGAUGCGCAACUACGAUCAAGCGCCACCGUCCCAUGCAAGUUCAUCUUUCUUUAAUCAAGAUCCGCAUACGAUGGCGAAGAGCAACCAAGUGCCACAGUCACAUGCAAGUGCACCUUUCUAUAAUCAAGAUCCGCGUACGAUGGCGAGGAGCAACUAA